AGAAACGCAAGUAUAGAGGGCGCAUGAGUCAGUAGUGGCGGCAAGGUGGCGGCGUUCUGCAAGCAGCAUGGUUCUGAAAAUCAGCCGCUUGCUGCUCCGGUCGAAACCAGGGAGACAUGCGCGUUUGUGCGCAAAAUGUUUCGCUACUCAAGUCGCUGUUGCUCCUGAAAAUAGUUUACCUCACUUCAGAACAUUGGAGUCUAAUCCUACAAAUCACACCAUCGAUCACGAAGCGAAGUUCUACACCGUCCCUGAACAUGUACAGAAAUCACUUUUCGAAGUUUACAAGGUGCCGAAGAAGUUUCAGGUGUUGAGUGAAAUGUUUGCAGAGAUGUCCAUCAUGGUGCGGCAGCCAUUUCUUGAAGUGAAGUCGUACAUUGAGUCAUAUGACUAUUCCCUCCCGGCCCUAAGGAUCAUGCUUUAUGGCGAAAUGGGCUGUGGGAAAGCACUCACACAGGCCCAUCUGUUGCACUAUGCAGCGGUGAACAACUGGAUUAUUGUUUCUAAGGAGUGGGCUGCCCAUUGGAUCAAACGGCCAAAGGACAAUGCCCAGAAUGCAAGUGAUGAAGCACUGAUGGACUCGCCCAUUGACGCAGCUGUCUGGAUGCAGCAUUUUCGAGUCCUCAACGCUGCACAGCUGAAAGAGCUCAACCUGACCACCACGCAGACUUACAACUGGUCUGAACGAGAAGCUACACAGAAGGGAGAACCAUUGACAAACAUAGUGGAUCAUGGAGUUGAUCGCAUGAAGCACGCAUGCAGCUGUAUGGCUGCUCUCCUGCAAGAGAUCAAGAUGCACACCGACUCUGGGAGGAUGAAAACCAUGGUCAUUGUCAAAGGCGUCAACAGCUUCUGGCAGGACACCUAUCUCCGCCGGAUCGAUAAAUCUUACAUUGCAGCGAAGGACCUGACUAUUGUGAGGAAUUUCAAAGAAAUUCUUAAGAAUGACUGGAGGAAUGCAGCCAUAGUCGUGAGUGUAGAUCAGGCUGCCAUGUCCUUGAAGCACCUUGGAUUCACACACGAGAACGUACCAUGUUACUAUCCGAAAUACCUUCUGGGCCUUGAGGGGUUUGAGUUCUUUGAACCAUUUAUACCGGUUCAUGUGCCCAAAUACAACGAGAAGGAAAUUGACAGUUGCCUUGACUACUACCUUGAUCGUGGUUAUAUUCAAAACCCAAACGGUUGGACAGAAGAAGGCAAAGCCGAGUUGAAAUUCUUAAGUGGUUACAACCCCCGAGAACUUGGAAGGAUCUGUCGCUGGCGGUGACUGGCACAUCACUUAAGCCAGGCAAAAUGAACACAAGUAAACUUUUAGCAAUGAAUAUAUGGAAUGCGUUCUGCCUAUGAAAUGUAAUGUAAAAUAAAAUAAUGAUGCUAGUGUUA